GAAGCUGUUUAGUAAUGAAGCUGAAAACUUUGACCAGGAGCAUCUCAGUUUCACUUUGAUAAUUCACAAAGGUUGAAGGAGGAGCAAAACCCAUAAAGAGAAAAACCGAUCCAAAUCCAGUCGAAGACCCAAAAUCAGAAAGAGGGAAUGGGGGCGAUUCCGGUAGUGCGGUUCCCGAUCUUCCGAGCAGUGCGAGUUGUCGGAGUGGCAGUGGCCGCUCUAGUCCUCACCUGGACCAUACAUUUCCGGGGAGGCUUGGCUCUCAUCUCUGACAACAAAGAUCUCAUCUUCAAUGUUCAUCCAGUGUUGAUGGUGAUUGGACUUGUAAUCUUGAAUGGUGAAGCCAUGCUAGCGUACAAGACAGUAUCAGGAACAAAGAGCUUCAAGAAAUUAGUUCACCUUACGCUGCAAUUCAUUGCGUUUUGUUUAAGCAUUGUGGGUGUGUGGGCUGCCUUGAAGUUCCACAAUGAUAAGGGCAUUGACAAUUUCUACAGCCUGCAUUCUUGGCUGGGUCUAGCCUGUGUGUUCCUUUUUACCAUCCAGGGGGCUGCUGGAUUUGUUACAUAUUGGUACCCAGGUGGCUCGAAAAAUAGUAGAGCAAACUUGAUGCCAUGGCAUGUGUUUUUCGGUGUUUAUAUAUAUGCACUUGCUGUUGUUACUGUGACUACUGGUAUCUUAGAAAAAGCCACAUUUCUUCAAGCCAACCAUGUAAUAUCACGCUACUCAACUGAAGCUCUGCUGAUAAAUUCUCUGGGGAUAUUGGUUGUUGCACUGGGCGGUUUUGUUAUUCUCGCGGUCAUUGCUCCUGCUAAUAAAGGUGACAUUUUCAGAGAAUCAACAGACCAAAGCAAAUCAUUAAUUCUGAAAGAGGAAUUAGAAGAUCAUGCUGAAUCCCCAUCACGAGCUAUGGCGGCGCCUCAUCUUCCAGACAAAUAA